CGGGAGCGGGGCGGGGGGGACCGGAGCCGGCGAGGCGUGAUCGCCCGAGGCCCCUCCUGCCUGCCGGGGAAGCCUUAAAACACCCCGGCGAGGCACGGAGCCCCGCACUCGGGAGCCCCGACGCACGGGCAGAAGCGCCUCGCUGAGCCGAGAGCCGCUCCGCUGCAGCCGCCGCCAUGCAGGGCACCGUGAGGCUGUGGGUGUCGGUGCUGACUUUCGCCCUGUCGCUGCUGGUCUGCCUGGGGACGCUGGCAGAGGCGUACCCCUCCAAACCGGACAGCCCCGGCGAGGAUGCCCCCGCAGAGGACAUGGCCAGAUACUACUCGGCGCUGAGGCACUACAUCAACCUCAUCACCCGGCAGAGAUAUGGAAAGAGAUCAAGCCCAGAGACACUGAUCUCAGACCUCUUGUUGAGGGAAAGCACAGAAAAUAUUCCCAGAUCCAGGUUUGAAGAUCCUUCAGUGUGGUGAUGGGAUUUUCUGCACACCGUCAAAACUUUUCCUAGUUUUCAGUUCAUACUCCAUGCCUAUGAAGCAAAUCAUAGCGUCAUUCCCACUGCAUGCAGCCAUUGUACUGAAUUCUGUAGAGUUUUUCCAUCCUCGUAUUUGUAUAUACCUAUAUUUAAAUAAAUUAUUUGUGCAUUCCAAAAUAUAACAUACUAAAUGAAAACAGCCAACUGUGUCAUUGGUAUAGAAAAGAGUUGUUUUAAACUAUUAUAACUGAAUUAUAACCUCCCU